ACGCGUUUAAAGUUGGUGGCGUUUGCCAUGGCAAGAAGCGCCCUUAAUGGGAUGACUCUCCUUCGCCUUUGUGCAAGCAUCAACAGAUCCCUGAAGGUUACAACACCACGAUCAAUAGUCGCUAAUGAGCCAGCAAAGACUCGCCAGAUCCUUUUUUUCGCUAGCCGCGCUGCCUCGGCCACAUCGGGUUUGCUUCCUCUCACAGGAAUCGCAACUGCUCCAGCGGAGGCCUGCUCUGUCCCAAUACUCUACCGAUACCUCAGCACCGACGCCGCCAAUCGUGCCUUCCGCUAUCCUCAGCAAAAUAAAGCCCGAUACACGUAGGAGAGCCGACCGUUCUUCCCCACGUCGGUCAUCAGAGCCGGCUCCUCCCACUUUCAGGGCACCUACCAACACGGCAACCAAAAGCAAAUGGGACAAGGCUACGGACAAUGAGAUCAUUCGACUCUUCAAAAAGGGCACCCCAUGGAAGGAGAUUGACGAAACCUUAGGUCGACCCUAUUCCUCAUGCUAUGCCCGGUAUUACACAGCUCUAGACCCGCGCCUAGAAGCGACCUGGAAUUUAUCCGAUGGACGCCCUAACGAAGCCCUACUGAAGCGACUGGUCUAUCUUGUCGACGUCGAAAAGCAGUCGUUUGGGAAGAUCGAAAGGCGAGGACUAAUGCAUGAACCGUGGGAGACACCUACUUCUUAUGCGCCCCAAGAGCUGCUGACUGCCAUGUCUGAGGCUGGAAUAGAUGUUUCUGAGGCAGUUUUACGGAACCGUACAGAUAUGGCGGAUCAAGUACAGAAACAGCAGCAUGGGAAGAAAAAGGAAAGAGACAGCACUCCUCAGCCCUUCAACAAACUGGCACUUCAGCAAAAAUAUAUGGAGCAUAAGGCUUCUCUGCAGAAAACCGCUGUCACUCUGAACAAACAUCUUCUUCAUCGAGCCAUUCGGCGGAGCGUUGAGCUGUAUGGUGAGAACUGGAAAAAGGUUGCAGCGAAUGCGGAUUUACUCCUGGACCAGUGGACGCUAUCGAAGGCAUGGACGAACACCGAGACGCCAACCGAGACGCAGAAACCAAAACAGCAAUCCGCAGACGGUGCCACAAUCCCGGAGAGGAUGGCACUGAGCCCAUCCAAGGUAGCGAGCACGUACAGGAUGUUGCAGCGCCAUGGCGUCGACUGGGGGUUGGAGGACGAUGUGGUCAUGACCCGGAAAGUUCUAGAGCUGAGCCGGACGGAGCCCAGUAUUUUGAAGAUCCUUAGCAUGCCUUUGCCACUCAGCGUUGAGGAUUCACAUACCAGAUUGGGCCAGGACCAGAAACAGCAACAGCAGCAAAAGUACUGGGGCGAGAUCUCGGUCGCCCUUGGGAAUCAUUCACCAGCGCAGUGUAAACGCCGGUGGGACGGACUCUGGAGAUUGCAGGACGAUGAGAAAUCAGCCCAGUCAAAGAUGUGGCAUUGGCUCGAAAAGUUCCAGUUUUGGAUGUUGUGGAAGCAUUACUACCAAGUGCACAAACGUCAGAACCAUCUCGGUAGCGUCAGCAGGAUCGAUACGCUUUUGGAUUUAGAAAGGGCGUGCAACGAGCUGUCAUUUGCAAAGGAGAUCUCGAAGUGGAUGCGCCAUCGAAAUGAAGCACUAUGCGAAAAGUUUUUUACGACCUCCGCCAACCUGAGACUACACCUUGGCAUUUCCAAUGCAGAUAUUCGGGCGUACAAAUCAGAGAUCAGACAACGGAGACAACAGAUGAAGACGGAAGGAGUAAUGGAUCUAGAGCAGGCAGUAAUCGAUGUACGGCAUGAGCUGGCGCCAGUGUUCAGGAACAAGACCACCUUCAUGGAUUCUAUUUUCUCGCAGGUUGCGGAGCCUUUCGUUCAAGAGAUGUCUACCCUACCUAUUGAGAAAGCUCAAUCAACGCAGGAUGACCCUCCUCUGAAAAUUGUGCGGUCAGAAUGGACUAAGGAGAGGAUUCAAGCGCUACGCCAGAUUGUUCUGGAGGAAAAGCAAGGAGUUCAGCGCGCGGAUUUCGAGUUGGACUGGAACAGGAUCGCUGAGCAACUGGAGGACAUGUUUAUUUUCCCUGCAGAUGCGUCCUCUGACAAUAGCGCUACUUUUACUGUGGCUGGCUCUUCUGUGGUGGUGGACACGCAGCACCAGCGCCAGUAUCCCUACAUCAGCGCCAAGCAGUGUGAGACCUGUUGGAAGUACAUCUCCUCGCCCACCGGUCGUGCCUCAUCAAACCGGCAAGCAUUGACUGCGGCAUCAGAAACAGAUGAAGGAAAGAGCGUAUCGGACGGCAAGGAUGGCGAUUUCCUUCAGAAUUGGACUGACCACGAACUUGAGCUGCUGCUGCAGGGUGUUCGCAAGCGUGGGACUGCAUGGACGGACAUUCGAGCCCAGUUUUUACCCAACAAAAACGCGUCUGAUAUUCAUCGGGCAUGGCUUUCAAUAUCUGCGCCAUUGGGGGAUGAAGACAGGGAAGAGGGUGGACAACUGAGAGCCGAUUCGUUGAACACCAAGGCGCGAAAAGUGGAUCGGCUAUCGGAGUGGGACUAUGUGGGAUUGUUAUCGGCCCUUGACAAAGUGAGCGGAAAGAAUCAAGAUAGAGGAUCUGACGGAUCAAAUAAAGCAGCCUAGGCCUCUGCAGGUUCUCCAAAUAAAAUACGAUGGCACGACAGAAGCACAACCUAUGGCAAACAAUCUCUUCUCAGUGGACACCGUGAUCUUUCGUACACAGGGCAAUACCAACAACAUGAAUCCAGGGGCAACAGGCGCCCACUAUUCCCCUCUUGUCUCAAGACCCGCUCUGCCCACGAUAUCGCAUUAAAUGUUAUGCAAGUCGAGCUGUUUAUAGUGUGGCCGUUUGUCGUUACCGUCAUUUGAUUCUAUAUUUCAUGCGGUGGUAUUCUUGUUGUAUUGAACUGAGGACGUUGCUUUCGGCGGCACUUGCUUGACCUGUAUUAGUGCUAGUCUAGCUAACAUUUAUCUCAAAUAAAUACCAGUAUAGAAUGACCACGUCUGAG